UUAUGAGUUGUCAUCGACAAUGAUUAAGCUACAUGCACCGAUUCAAAACGUUCUUGUAUAUGGAACCGACGGCGAGAAGGCCCUUGCAGAAGGAUUUGGACGGCCGCUCCCUUAUGCGUUGCACCUCAUGUGCGACAUCCACAUGAAGGACAACAUUUGCUCAAAAUUGGCCGAGCUGGGAAUACCAGCUGUCGUCGCUGAAGAGUUUCGAAUGGAUAUUUUUGGAAAAAAUAUCGGGACCAAUAGACAGCCCGGAUUAAUUGAUUGUUUUACACCUGGCGAGUUCGAUGAGAAAAUGCAGUCGUUAAAGGAGUCCUGGGAGAGACGCCAUGCCCAAGGCAAACGUUUCUUGGAUUAUUUCUUGAAGUAUAAGGCAGACCCGAUUAAACAAACGAUGACGGCAGAAGUUCGUUCCAUGGCGGGCCUUGGCUUCCCACCAGGCGUCUAUGAUCAAAAUGGUAACGAGUGCAUGAACUCGGUUCUUCAAAGAGAAAAGGCAAGAAGUGGUAAGAAGCGAUUGUCACUACCUGCUUGCGUCCGACUUAUACGACAAACCGUAAAGCGACAGCAAACGGAGGAGGAACUGGCUUUGAUAGGUACAGGAGAGUUGAAAGUUGAUGCCAUGUAUGACGAUAUGAAAGUCCCAGAGAGAGUGUUCUAUCGGAAAUCUGUCAAACAGAAACAGGCGGUUCUAAAGAAAUUUAACAAUCAUGAAGUAAGACCUACUGAUGACGUGUUGCCAGGCACUGAGGAGGAUGAGUGCAUUCGUAACAAUUUGUUGUCUAUUUCUGUGGAACAGUCUGGGAUUAUUCGUGUCCCAUUCGAUGUCUUGAAAGUAAUGUUCCAAAAGGCUGGCGUACAUCAAUCGCGCGGCAAAGAGGCCAUUGUGACAGCACCUGGAGCUAAUGCCUUUACUGAACACUAUGUUAAAUAG